AUGGCUGAUUUAUCAUCCGUUCGUGUCACUCCUGCAGCGGCAUUCCUGAAAGUUGGAAUCGAUUUUUGCGGACCGUUCUACAUUCGCUAUCCAGUUCGUCGAAGUACGCCGGUGAAGUCCUUCGUAUGCAUUUUCGUUUGCCUAGCGACCAAGACAGUCCAAAUGGAAGUCGUAGCAGAUCUGUCAACGCAAGCAUUUCUGGCGGCAUUCAAACGCUUCGUAGCAGUCCGUGGCAAACCGCAACUAGUCAUGUGUGACAAUGCGACCAAUUUCGUUGGGGCAAAUCGGGAGCUCGAGGAACUACGGCUGCAACUGUAUAACCAGCGGUUUCAGUACGAAAUGAUCAAGUCAUCGGAAGAAGAAGGAAUAGAUUUCAAAUUCAUCCCACCGCGCUCUCCGAAUUUCGGCGGAUUGUGGGAAGCGGCGGUUAAGUCCUUCAAAGGACAUUUUCGCAAGACCAUAGGAAGCAGACCGUUGACAUACGAUGAACUACACACCAUUGUUCAGAAAAUGGCAGCGAUUCUAAACUCUCGUCCAUUGACACCCUUGAGUAACGAUCCUAAUGAUUACACUGUACUGACCCCAGGACAUUUUCUGGUGGGACGACGACUCACGGCGAUUCCUGAACCAGAUUUGCAAGAGAUCCCCGAAAAUCGACUCUCUCAGUGGCAACGUACGCAAGGAUUCGUACAACAACUAUGGCGGAAAUGGAAGACGCAAUAUCUGUCAGCGUUCCAGUUCCAGUUUAUCGCAGUAACACCCACGUCGUCAACAAUCAAUCAUCAACGUUCAGAUGCAGCGCAGACUGCAGUUUGUCGAGACAACCGAGCCGACCGAAUGUCGGCCAAUGCAACACUACAGCACAACAUUUUGAUCCAGCAGCCCAAUGGCAAAUGA